UUAUUGAGUUCAAAUGUUCAAUUAUCAGAGCUCGGAUAGUCGGCUAGCCGAAGCAAUUAUUUCCCGCGAAAUAUACCUAAUGAAAUUUCCGGCCAUAUCGCCGUCCAGAUGUUUCCAUAUUCCGGCGAACUCUCUCGUCAAAUCUGAAACCUUGCCCUGCAAUAUUCUCUGUAGAAACAAUCUUCGACGUGUUCCUCCUCACAUUCGGCCAUCUUUCGCGGCCGUAAACGAGAACAAUGGUACCUUGUCGGCCGUCUCAAAAGAUCGAGAACCAGUGAGCUUGAAAAAUCAAAAGAAAUGGAUUCAUUUCGUGGGAGUCGGAGGCUGUGGAAUGUCCGCUCUCGCCAUGCUUGCCGUAAAACAGGGUUAUGAAGUUAGUGGGUCGGAUCUUGUAUGGAGUAGGUUCAUGGAUAAACUACAGGAAGCAGGAGUGCGUUUGCAUAUUUGUCAUUCAGUCUCGAAUUUGCAAAGGCACAAUGGUUCAAGAUUGCCUAGUGCUGUAGUCAUUUCAAGUGCGAUUCCCCAAAACAAUGUAGAGAUUUUACAUGCAAAGUCCACUGGAGUACCUGUAUACAAGCGAGAUUAUUGGUUGGGAAAUUUGACACAGCACCAUAAGCUCAUUGCUGUAAGUGGUAGCCAUGGGAAGAGUACAACUACAGCUAUGCUUGCUUAUGUGUUAAAUGCAAUGGGUGAUGAUCUUACUGCUGUAGUUGGGGCAGAUGUGCCACAGUUCACAGGAGGAAAUAUUAUUUCAGGAAGCAGUGAAACAUUUGUACUAGAGGCUGAUGAAUACGAUGGGUGCUUCUUGCAAUUAUCACCUCAAAUAGCUGUCGUGACAAACCUGGAGUGGGAGCACGUUGAUAUUUUCCCAGAUGAGGAAGCAGUUAAAACCGCCUUUAGGAAAUUCAUAAAUCGAAUAAGGAAGGGUGGACAUCUCAUUUUAUGUGGGGAUAGUGAAGGUGCAAAAUCCUUGCUGUGCCACUGUGAACAGACAAUUGGAGAUGGUACAAGGAGUGUAAUGCCAAUUUCAAGCUCAGAACAAUGUGCUGAUAACUAUAAGAUAACCACAUAUGGAAUAUCAAGUUCUAAUGACUGGCAGGCAUCAUCAAUUACUCAAAACUCUGAGGGUGGUGUUGAUUAUACAGUGUGUCAUUGGGGAUGUCCAGUGGCAGACAUCAGCCUACAGAUUUCAGGGAUUCAUAACAUCCUCAAUUCCUUAGCGGUUAUUGCUACAGUAGCUGCAAAAGUUACAAACCAAAGCCAGAUUUAUGAUACAGUAGAUCAUUUGAGGUUGCACUUGAAAAAAUUUAGAGGCCUUUCAAGACGUUUUGAGAUGAUUGGAAGUAUCCAUGGAUGCCAUGUGUUUGAUGAUUAUGCUCAUCAUCCCACAGAGAUUCGUGCAGUUCUUCAAGCUGCACGGCAGAGGUUCCGUUCGAAGGCUCUGUUGGUAGUGUUUCAGCCUCAUUCUUUUAGUCGUCUAGCAGCACUGAAAAAUGACUUUGCCGUUGCCCUUAGUGAUGCAGAUCAAGUUAUUAUAACUAAGGUUUAUGCUGCUCGAGAAACACAAAAUUGGAAUGUUAAUGGAAAGGAUUUAUCUGCUUUGAUAAUUGGUCCACCAUCGGAAUACAUUCCUUCGCUGGAGGAUGUGGUGAAUAAGCUAGUGCUUCAAAUAUGCGAGGAUCCCCAUCGAGAGAUUGUUAUUUUAACACUUGGAUCGGGUGAUACUACCACCGUGGGACCAAAACUGCUCAAGAAACUGCAAAAGAGACUACAAGAAGACUCUUAACAUUAGGGGCUUGUGAUAUUUUCAGUUUGAAAAUUACCAUUACAUUACCAAACUGGAAGUUUCCCAUGCCUGUGGCUGGCAAGUGGCAAACUCCUUUUGUGAUCAAGUUACUCCCAUUUCGUGGAUUGAAACAAUAGCUAUGAAAUUAGGGAAGAAGAAUAAAGUAAAGAAAGUGGCUAAGGAAAUAGUUGGAGGAAUGAAAAACUUCACCUUGGCUGAACUAGCUAGUAUCCGGUACUUCAUCAUUAAAUUACACUGAUCCAUGCUUGGCAACAUCAUGUAUUAUUUGUUUCUCAUACAUAAAAAAUUUGAUGAUAUAUGCUGCAUAGAUAGUAUAGUAUCGUGACGAUCUUUUUCUUGGUCAAACAAAUAAAGAGACAUAGCAAAUCCUUUCAUUCUUUUUUCCUCAAAAGAUAAAUACAGCAACCAAGAUAGCCUUGAUUGUUUCCAAUAUAUGAGCCACAAACAUCGAUCUUGAAACUACAACUAAAAAACAAAUUAGAAACAAAAUCAUAGAAUUAAGGCAAACUCUUAUCACCUGACUGUACACAGCUAACUAUAAAACCACAAAGCUUAAUAAGAAUACAUUAAAUUCCUCCAUUCUGAAACUAAAAAAAGGAAAACAAAAUUGUACACACACACAAAGAAAAAUCUUGCAACUUUUUCUUUUUUUAACUACUAAACUCCACAAGUGUUGAAUUACUAUUAACUAACCCCCAAAAAAGGAGAAAAAGCCACGCUUCUUGGGCUCUUCUUCAACCAUGACAGCCUUCAUACUAUCUUGCUCAACCAGUCUCCAAGCUGCUUGCUCGAAAGCCAAGCCAGCCAAUGUGGGUGGCUUAUUCAAAACCAAAGGGUACCCUCUAUUGGUGCUCCUGAUUACUUCUGAAUCCUCCGGAAUCACUCCCAGUAAAGCCAAGCCCAACAUUUCUUGUACAUCCAACACUGACAUCAUAUCCUCACCUUUGAUCAUAUCAGUCCGAACCCGAUUCACCAUCAUCUUGAUAUCCCUUAUUCCAUCACACUCUAACAGCCCCGUCACCCUAUCAGCAUCCCUCAAGCUCGUAAUAUCCGGCGUUGUCACUAGAAUCGCCUCGUUCGCCGGUGUAAUGGCCGUAAUAAAGCCAGCGUCGAUGCCUGCCGGGCAAUCGAUGAUAAUGAAAUCUGGGCAACCUUCUUGGCGUGAUUUCAAUGCGUCAACAAGCCAAACCAAAGCUUUCCCACUAAACCCCAUUGGCAAUUUCGACCUCGGCUUCGAAAUGCAAAGCAACUCGAAGUUGGACCACCGCUUAUCCCUCACCAGAGCCUGGUCCAACCUACAAUCGCCAUUGAGAACCUCAACGACGGUGUAAUUGACGCGAUUCUCGAGUCCGAGGAGGAGAUCGAGGUUGCGGAGGCCAACAUCGGCGUCUAUGGCAACUACGGAGAAGCCAAGUCGGGCGAGGGAGAGACCCACAUUGGCGGUGGUGGUGGUCUUGCCAACGCCGCCUUUUCCAGAGGUGAUGACGACGACUCGGGGUGUGUCGCCGGCCAACUGGGGCUUCCUAUUCCAUUGAAGAACGGAGCGUAUGGAGGAGGGUUUAGGGUUGGGAUUGGAUUUUGGGAAUGUGGGUUUUAGGGUUUUGGGAUGGUUGAAAAGGGUGGGUGGGUGAGUGGUGGCGGGGAUGGAGUAGUAAUGGUUGGAAUGAAUGGAUCGGAGUGAGAGCAUUGCUAUAGGUAUGAGUAAAGGAAGAGCAUGUGAGUGUGAAUGAGGAUUGAGUAAAGAGAGGUUUUAGGAUUAGGAGCUGAGCAGCCUCGUCAUUGCAUCAUCCUCCUCUCCUGCUCCUCCUAAUAGCCUAAUCAC